AAAUUAUUGCAAGGUUGCCAUACGGUUAUAAAACUCUGGAAUAUAUUAGUGCCAACGCUCAUACGGAGGAUUGUUUAGUUGGUGACAAGUGGUAUCAUGAAGCAACUGAUAUUUUUGGCAUAUUUCGGUUUAGCUGUAUUUGCUAAACCUAGCCAUCAUCAUCAUCAUCACCAUCCCCUUGCUGAUAUUUACCCAAUACAUCCAGGCGUUGGUGCUAUUUAUAAAGGUCCAAAUUCCGAAACGAUUAUAAAAGGUCCCGAUGGAAGUGUGAUUACCGCCGAAGCUGAUGGUGGUUCUAUAGGAGUAGAUGGUCAUAGUGCGGCUGCUGAAGCGGUUAGUCACGUAGCUGUUGAAACAAUAAAUCAUGGAGUUGGUCUUGGUCAUCAAGCUGUUAGUGCGUCAGCUGGAGCUUAUGUUCAAACAAAUUCCAUAGCACCUGCACCUGUUAUCGUUGCUAAAGCUCCAGCACCUGUUGUUGUAGCCGAACCAGUUGUACUUGUUCAAGAUAACAGAGAUGUUGCAUCAUUGGAUGGCCCAUCAGGAUCUAUUUUACGUCAUGGAGAAGAUGCGAUUAUUUCAGGACCUUCUUCAACGACAUAUAAAGGGGGUAAACAUGUAAUUGAUGUUCCUAACAUUGAGGUACAAGCUAGUGUUGUUGGUGCCUCAGGUCCAGGGUAUGUUCAUGGUCCUGUAGUUGCCCCAACACCGAUAAUAUCACCUGUUCAUGGACCUAUUGUUUCUCCUGUUCCAGUAGUAUCUCCAGUACCAUCAGUUUCUCCAUUCCCUAUUGUCUCUUCAGGUCCUGUAGUGGAAACAAUCGUUAGUUCAACACCUGGUCCAAUUUUAAUUAACCCACCACCAAGACCAUUGAGACCAAGGCCUGUUUUAGUCGAUACAACCCAUCCUUUUAAACCUUUAUCUUCUCCUGUAUCAGUUUUGGUAGAUAAUACCCACCUCGCCGGAUCAACUUUAGGAACAUCUUCUGUAUUAGUUGAUAAUUCUCAAAUUUUACGAAAUGAAGUGGUAGUUUCAAGUCCAGGUCCAAUUUUACACGACACCUCGGCUAUUUCAAUCCACAACGAAGUAGUUCCCCAAGUCGUUGUUUCAAGUACUCCAAGUCCGGUGUUAAGUGCUACCCCAAUCGUUGUAGCCCCAUCUAAAACAAUUGUUGCUGCACCAACCGUUGAAUUAAGUCCACCUUCUGUUGGAAUUUAUUCAACACCCGCAUCUCAUAUCGUUGGACAUGCAAACGAAGAAGCUCUCUCAGCCAUCAUUGCUAAAAACGCCGAGGCUGAACAAUCUUAUUUAUCCGCCCUUCGAUAUGCUGGAUAUGAAAAAGCUUUAGCUGCGGAAGCUGAAAGGAAAUCGUUAGCGGCAGCUAUCGCAUCUGGGGCUUAUUCAGGACAUGGAAUUGCAGAACAUUCUAUUAAUCCGGUUGUUAGCCAAGGAAAUCACAUAAUUACAGGAGGUAUUGUAUCAAGCACAGCUGCACCUGUUAUUGUUUCUAGCACUCCAGCCCCAAUUUUGGUGACUUCAACUCCGGCUCAUGGCGAAGUUGUUGGAUUAGGACAUGAAAUUGUUUCAGUUGGCCCCCAAGUUUAUCAAGAAAAUGGGAUCGUUUCGGUAACUCCAAAACCAGACGUUAUUGUUUCCAGACCAACAGCGAUCUUGGCUCCUCAUCCACCACCAGCUCUUGGUCAAAUUAUUGUUCAAAAUGAACGAGUCUCUUCCGCUAGUAAAUCUAGUGAGCAUUCAUCAUCAGUAAAAAGCUCUUCAUCUACAAUAUCUGGCCCAGCAGUUUUAGGGGGACCUCACGGAUAUAGAUUACCAGCUGGUCCACCAUUGGGAUAUCAAUCUGAUUACUCACAAUGGCGUCAAAGCGUAUCAAAACAAGCAUACCACGAAGAAGAAAGCGGUUAUUCGGUCCAAAAAGGACUUUUGCAUUAAAAUUUAAUUUACUAGUC